UAAGAGGGAUUCAAGUCCUACUGGCUCAUUUUCGCAACCUUUGAAGCGAGCCAAAGAGGGCAGAUCACAGUAGAGUGUUGUAGGGGGUAGUGUGGAGGUUCAUCUAGGUUAAGGAAAAUUCUGAUUUGUGGGUAUUAUGAUAGGCAUCAUCUGGGAGAGUGUUGGAAAAAGUUUGGGGCAUGUCUGAAAUGUGGGUCUACUAAGCAUUGAGUGAAAUAUUGUCCACGGCCUACUGGUUAGAUGCAAGCUAUGACUCAGACUCAGGAUUCUGGGUAGUUACCUCUGAGGGGUCGUGGUCAGGGUAGGAAUGGUGGUUCUAGAGUCGCGACUGGUGUGACGGGUACAAUGGGUCGAGGUCAUAGAGCACCAGGUUAAAAUUCGACCAGGACUGAGGCUAGACAACUGACAUUGGUUUAUGUAACUAGACGUCGAGAGGAUCGUGACACAUCUAAUGUCAUUACAGAACAAUAUGUCAGGUGUUCCACCAACGGGUGCUUCUUCUCAAGCUUCUCGAGGAAGCAAAAGAAAAUGGGUUCCAGAGGAGGAUGCAACCUUGGUUUCUUGCAUGGUGGAUUUGCACAAUGUAGGAACAUUUAAUGCUGAUACCGGGUUCAAAGCCGGUUAUUUGAACGAGCUAGAGAAAAUGCUAGAAAAGGCUUUACCAAGAGCAAUGUUGAAGGCGAAACCAAAUAUUGAAUCUCGGAUUAGGUGCCUAAAAAGGGAAUGGUCAGUCAUCUACGACAUGCUUAAUGGCUAAAACAACAGUGGUUUUGGUUGGGACGAGCAUAGGC